GUGCAAAAGCUGUUUCUUUUUUUUUUUCCAGUGCCUGAUGUAAAUUCUGCAAGGAAAGAGAUUAAACAAUUGAAACGCGCACAAGGAUAGAUUUAGGAUCGACAUUAGCAAACUUCAUCUAUACUUAGUUACAUCAAUUAUGCCAACUGGCUUCACCUUCACACUGAUCUCCUUUGCAGGAGCAGUACUCGCCUUUUUGUUCACUACUUUGUCGCUUGCAUGUGGGCUUUACUACAUGGCGGAGCUUGUUGAAGAAUACACAGUUUGGACAAAAAAGAUUAUCAAAGGCCUUACAAUGGUGGUUGUAGUCCUUCACAUCUCAUUAUGGCUUCUGGAUGGUCUGCCCUUCACAAAAAUCUUAUUCUCGCUUGGAUGCCAUGCCGUCUACAGCUUUAAUCUUACCAAUUUUCCUUUCAUUAGCCUUACAAGCGUUCCUUUCCUUCUCAGCUGUGUUCUUGUUCUAGUUGAUCAUUUCAUGUGGUUCCAGUACUUCUCUCGCCAUUACCACACCUUUGCCAGCAUUGCCAGUUUCUUUGGAAUCUGUGUGUGGAUGGUCCCAUUUGCCUAUUUUAUCUCUCUCAGUGCCAAUGACAACGCGCUGCCGAGCUUUGACAAAUCGCAGCAAGAUAGUAAGCAAAAGAAGAAUGGUAUUCUCAAAUCUCUUUUUGGCGCUAUGCUGAACAAGAAGGAUACAGUAUUGCCAGCUGUUGUUGAAACACCCCAAUACUCUGGGUUCGCUGGCUCCUUGGGAUCAUCGAGUCGUCCAGGUACUCCUUUUCUCUCUCCAUCUUCAUCCUCAACAACAACUGCAGGACCAGUCUAUACAUCUUUCAACCCUGAGAAAAAUCAGCUUAGACCAGAAUUUUCCGUAUCACGUCCAAGUAGCAGGAAUAGUAAUUACGGACAUGCGCAUGAAAGUGCGCAUGAACAUGAGUACCAAAACACUCCCAGUAGUACCUAUGGUGGGCAGCAGUCUUAUUCAAGUAGCAGCAGUGCGGUCUAUGGGCAUUCUUCAUCAACAAUAACAAACCGUUUCUAAAAGUUUUUCUAGCCUUUCAAUUAAUAAUAAAAUAAAGCCAUCC